GAUACCGACACACCGACAAUUCAUAAUUGAAAUAUAAUUGAAAUAUUCCAAAAGUGCUGAAUUGAAUAAUAAAUUUGCUUAGAUGAAUUCUUCCAGCGAUAUUGCUAUGGGCGAACUGCGUGAGCGGCACGUAGAAAGCGGAAAUUCUCCCAGUAGCGAAGAAGAGCAAACCGCACUCGUAAUUACCCCGCGAAGGGCAGAUCGAGGAAAAGAUGCUUGGUUGUUUCUAGCAGCUAGCACUGUCAUCGAAGCUCUCGUAUGGGGGUUCUCAUUCUCAUUUGGGGUCUUCCAGGACUACUAUAGCACCCACAAACCCUUCGCCGGUGCAACCAAUAUCGCUACCAUCAGCACAACGUCUACUGGAAUCAUGUAUAUGGCUGGCCUACUACUUUUCCCCGCAUAUAAGACUUGGCCCAACCUUGCUGACCGCUCAAAAUGGGUCGGGCUACCUCUCAUGGCGACAGCAUUAAUCGCUGCCUCCUUCGCCAACAGUGUGAACCACCUGCUCCUCACCCAGGGAGUUAUGUUUGCUCUUGGUGGAUCAGUCGUAUACUACCCGGCACUUGCAUUCGUAGACGGUUGGUUCAUUGAGAGGAAGGGGUUAGCGUUUGGGAUUAUGUGGGGUGGCUCGGGCGCUGCCGGCCUAUGCAUCCCUUUUACCAUCAACUGGCUUCUGCAUGCAUACGGUUUCCGCAACACGCUCAGGAUAUGGGCUGUGGUCAUCACUGUCAUAUCAGCACCAUUGAUUUAUUUCCUGCGGGCACGGAUACCACCCUCCCAGACUCGGCAACCAGUUCGCCAGGGCCUAGGAUUCCUCCGAACCAAAACAUUUUGGCUCCUCCAAAUGGGCCUCACCAUGGAGAGCCUGGGGUACUUCAUCCCGAGCAUCUACUUGCCGACUUUUGCACGUUCACUCGGCUAUGGUCCAUCAAUCGGCACGCUCCUUGUCGCCCUGGUAAACGCAUCAUCUGUGCCAAGUACGAUCUUACUGGGGAUGCUGAUCGACCGCUUCCACGUGACGACUGUGGUUAUCAUCAGCACUGUCGGUGCUGUACUCUCCGUCUUCUUGUUUUGGGGGUUCUCAGAUGCUCUCCCUCUGCUAAUCGUAUUUAGCAUCUUGUAUGGUUUAUUCGCUGGGGGGUUUGUCACCACCAUUUCCGGCAUCGUUAAGGCGGUGAAAGGCCUCGAUGAAACGACGGAUGUUGGCACAUUGCUUGGUAUUUUGUCCGCUGGAAGGGGCAUUGGAGCUGUGGCUUCUGGGCCGCUGAGUGAAGCUCUUCUCAGCUCCAGGCCGUGGCAAGGCAAGGCCACUCUGGCAUAUGGAACUGGAUAUGGUGGGUUGAUCGUGUUCACUGGCAUCACUGCGGCGGUGGGCGGAGUGAGUUUCCUUGGAAAGAAACUGGGCUGGAUGAAAGAGAGGGUUUAGCUGCGCAUUUUUCAGCUAGCUCCCUAUCUUCUUGGACAUGAUUAUGAGUUAUGAAAUAUAAUAAGACAAGACCGAUAAAAGAUGCUAAGGAGCGAUAUAUAGUAUAUGUUCCAGCCCAGCCGAGGGUUAUUCUUCCUCGUGAGCUGCCGGCCACAUUAUGAGCGGGCAAAAUUUACAGUUGGACUAGAACAUAUAUAGACAGGUACAUUCACUGAAAGAAGGUAUGCGAGUUUUUAGUAGCGUUUUAGUACAUUUGAAAAUACGCAAGCAAAUACUAUCUCAAUAUUCUCCAUAUUCGACUUAUAUUCACAAAGAAAUUUCCCCAGCCACUCUUGUGAUAGCCCGCUUCAAGCUGGCAAGGAUAUGUAGCCGCUGCAUGCUGUGGGG